GAAACCAGAUGCAGCCACCACAUCUAAUGAUUGGAUUUUUUUCAAAGGCAAUCCAAUGGCUAUCCUAGAUAAUGACGUGCUUUUGGAGAACUUGCAAGAUCUAGAAGAAAUCCCAGAGAAGGUGCGCUCCCCAUGUGAAGGGAAGUGGGAGAAGGUUUUAACGGAAUCUCUUCUGGAGAUCAGCGAGAAGAUUUUAUAUGAUGAUCAGAAGUCGGCAGAGCUAAUAAUAGGGACGGGGUGGGAAGAAGCGGUUUGUGGUUGGGGUCCAGUUUCUGCUACGGCCUGCAUGUACCCCGCUAAGAAACCGAAAAAACUUAAACAAGUAGAUGUGGCAGACUGUCUCCUGUGCCUUGGCUUGUAUUCUGUGCCAGACAAUAAAGACGGGACGUCAUCAGAAACAAAAGACACAAUACACACCAACCAUAAAGAGAUGCCUGGAGCUGCACAGAAACUGGUCAGUACCAUCCCUGCAGAGGAGGACCUGCCCUCUGAGUUUACAGAUCACUGCUCUUCUACUGCCAUGGUUUCCACAACAGAAACACAUUGUGAUACAGUAAACCUAGUAUCCCCUGGAGAACAAAGACAAAACAAGGACAAGAAUGGACAAAGAAUCUCAUCUCCAUUUACAGGCAGAGCCAUUCCAAUUUGUAAAAACUGUUCUAAUAUGAAUGAACUCCCUAUCGUAAGUUCACCAAUGCUACUGCCACCUAUUAAAGUGACUGCUGGAAUCGGGUACGCCGAACACAUGGCAAGAAGAAGGGAUUUUCUCAUGCAGCAGCUUGAAAAGCUUCCUUCAAAGGGGUCUGUAAGGGGCAAUAUAAAUGGUCACAUCCUCAGCAAUACAGAUUUGAAGGCAGAGAAGAGACUCCUUGAAGCAUUGGCAGAACUUCCUCAAGAGCAGCUGAAAGUGCCAGAACACCUAUCCUUUAUCACGUCUUGUAUUCCAAAAACACCCAUCAAAGAGCUUGACCGCUUCCAAUGGUCCAGGUCUCCUGUAGAGCAAAAGCUGAAUGCCCAGCCGUCCAUAAAGCAGAACAUCAACUCUGCUCCUAUAGGCUUCCUUCACACCAAAACAAUGCAUAACAAGCGCAAUGUGCACCAGGAAGCAAGACCUCUCAAUGAUGCAAGGUAUAGAAGAGCAAAAUCGGAUACCAACGCGGUGCUUAGAAACACUAUAUUGCCUUCUCUGAUUGUCACACGGGUGGACAUACCAUCAAAGAUUAAAUUGUGCUAAUUAAUGGUCUUACUUUCAGCAUUAAAUGCAAUCGAGUACAUAUGGCAUAUGCAAAUACAGUACAGACCAAAAGUUUGGACACACCUUCUCAUU